AUGGGGGGGAAGGGUGAAUUACAUCUCACUGGUCAACUUGGAGAUGUUAUAAAAGAAUCAGCACAAAUAGCAUUGACAUGGGUAAGAGCCAGGGCAAGAGAUCUUCUGUUGGCAACAGCUGACGAAACCAAUCUUUUGGAGGGUCGGGAUGUUCAUAUACAUUUUCCUGCUGGGGCUGUACCUAAGGAUGGACCCUCAGCAGGUGUGACUCUGGUAACUGCACUGGUUUCGUUGUUCAGUCAGAAAAGAGUAAGAGCAGAUACAGCUAUGACUGGAGAAAUGACAUUGAGAGGUCUCGUACUACCUGUUGGUGGUAUCAAGGAUAAGGUAUUAGCGGCCCACCGUUGUGGUAUUAAAAGAGUCAUUCUUCCAGAAAGAAAUCUGAAGGACUUAAUCGAAGUACCAUCAGCUGUGCUUUCCGGUCUUGAGAUAAUAGUAGCAAAGCGAAUGGAAGACGUGUUAGAGCAGGCUUUUGAUGGUGGAUGCCCCUGGAGACAGCACUCAAAGUUAUGA